AUGACAUUCAGCAGAGUCCCACCCCAAAAACCACAGCGCUCUAGAUUUCUGAAACGAGAACACAAAUCCAACUACCUUAUGGAAUCUCCAAUUUCCAAACCAGCUCCGCCCUGCUUCCCCCCCGCCUGUCACCCUCUCAUCAGUGACCAAUCACACCUAAACCUCCCAAGUCAGACCUUGGGCUCCUUAAACUCAACACGAAAAGCGUUACCAACAUCUCGUACCUGCUUCCAGCAAGGCGGCCUCCCAGGCUCGCCACACAUCGGCUCCGGCUCACGCUUCUCUUUCCAGCAAGGCGGACCGCCCGGCUUGGUGCAGCGAGUUUCCAGUUCAACAACGGGCGCCGAAGCCGGAGUUGGUUUCGGGACAGGGCUGCGCUUCUUCCAGCAGGGAGCGCCCCUCCACGGCUGGCACCGGGGCUCAACCUCGGGGACUACUGGCUCACGUUUCCAGCAGGGUGGACCGCCGGGCUUGGUGCACCUUGCUGCGAGGUCGGUCGACGGGGCGGGGAGGGCGAGGGUGGAGGUUGUGAGGGUGAGGAGGGUGAGGAGAGGGGUGGUGAGGUGCAUUUUUGUUUGCGAGGUUGGCUGGAGGCUGGAAGGUGGGUAUGUGGGAGAUGGGUGGUCGUGA